CAUUCGCUCUAACCGGGUUUCGGUCUUUAGGGCUGAGCAGGAAGUGCCUGACUGUGGACCCUGGACGAGAAAAAAAAAGAGGACAGAGGAAAAAAAUAUAGGCAAAAGAAAUUAAAAAUGGAUAUGGUGGCAGACUUGGGGGCGAGUAGACUCUAUCGGGCGCCGGGUGAAUCAAGUCACCAGCAGCCUCAGAGGUGGUUCAACACCGCCGACAUCACAGUGGCUCACCAGAGCAACCUGCUGAAGCAGCUCAACCAGCAACGCCGCCAAGAGCUCUUCUGUGACUGCAGUGUGCUGGUGGAGGGCCAGCUCUUCAGGGCCCACCGCAACGUCUUGUUCGCCAGCAGCGGCUACUUCCGCAUGCUGCUGUCCCAGGGGCCCGAAGGGCUGUCCGACUCUGUCAACGCCACCUUCGACGUCUUCAGCCCCGAGACCUUCACCGUCAUCCUGGAUUUCAUCUAUUCUGGCCAGCUGGACCUCUCCAGUCACAAUGUGAUUGAGGUGAUGUCUGCAGCCAGCUACUUACAGAUGAACAAUGUCAUCAGCUAUUGCAAAAACUUCAUCAAAUCCUCCCUUGACAUCAGCGUGAAAGAUGAAGACAGUGACCGCUGCCUCAGCUUGUCCGAGACCUGCAGCUUCACCAGUGGAGCAGGAGAAGAGACGUCAGAGCAGCCCCAGCAAGGCCCCUGCUCUGUCAGUCCACCACCUGCACUCUGGACCAGGGACAACUCCAGAUCCCAGUCUGGCUUUAUGGGCAAGGACCCAGACCAGGAAUCUUCAGCCUCAGCCAUGAAGACUAACCCAAGCAGCCCCGCUAAUGAGCUCAGUGCAGAGGCAGAUGACCUGCAGGACCCUCAGGACCCUCUGUACACCUUGCCUGGAUCAGAGCGCCGGCGAGGUAAAGGAGGAACCAAGAGGAGAGCACCUAACAGCACCCGUUCCAACCAGCAUGAAGACUUGGACAUCCAGGAGGCGAGGACUCAAAAGGCUGAGAAAGCAGAGGAACUGUACGCAACCCUACCACAGAUUGUAGGUGUUAUUGGACACUUUAAUAAAGACUCCAACCCCAUUAUGCGCUUCAAAUGUCCCUUUUGUACCCACACGGUGAAGAGGAAGGCCGACCUGAAACGUCACUUGCGUUGUCACACAGGGGAGAGGCCUUACCCCUGUCAGGCCUGCAAUAAACGCUUUACUCGUCUGGAGCACCUCCGCAGCCAUUUUGAAACAAUCCAUCAAGCCAGAAAGCUGGUGUGCAGAAAAUGUAAAUGUCAGGUGACAGAGGAGACAGGUCACGUGGUGUGUGAGGGCACACGACGCUACCGCAUGUGCACCGCGUGCAUCCAGGAAGUGGGCUGUGACAACAUCCCCAUGGACAGUCUAGAGGGGGCCAACGAGGAGCCGGCCCUCUUACUGGGUGUGGAUGGGGAGGAGGAGGGGGACACCAAAAGAAGCUGGUUGGUAACCGAUGACGACGACCUGGCUGAAGACUCGGGGGCCGACCUCAUCAUCCAACAAGUGGACGACAGUGAUGAGGAGCUUCAGUGAAAUCGGACCAAAGUGUGUGCAUGUGUGUGUGAGUGUGUGUGCGAAUGUGCAAAGGCAUACAUGCAUAUUGACUCUGUGAGUGUGUGUGUGUGUGUUAAAUCCAUGCAAGAGAAUUUAUGCAUAAAAUAAGCGAUCCACUAAUGUAAAUACACACAUUUAUGAUGUAUUAGUUAUCUAUUAGUUAAAUGCAACUGGUUAAUCUUUACUUUCAAUGAGACUGUUCAUCUCUGUGACUAAAUGGAAUGCUUUUUGUUACGCUUCAUAAAGAUAUGCUGUAUCCAAAGCAUGCAUAUUCAGUGUUUCUUCAGCUUCACUUAUAGUUAUAUGAUAACUGUUUCAAAGAGAUUUUUUUUUUCAUAUGCAUGGAAGAACACCUUUGUACUUUCUGGGGCUCUGCUUUGAUAGAAGCUGAUGUUUAAGCAAAACAAAAUGACAAGGUGACGAGAACAGAAAGAUGACUUUUUUAUAUCCCUACUCUGUAGGGAAGGUCGAGAGCAGAGGUUUUUUUUUCAUG